AUGAUUAUUGCUAUUCCUUUUUAUAGUCAAUUUGGUGUAUCUGUAGGUUUUCUUGUUACAUUAUUUCUACAAUUAAUAUUAAUUAUAAUUGAUCAAACACUUUAUUUAUGUCGUAAUGUACAUGAUAAAUUAUAUUUUCGAUUAUUUCAAAUUAUUGCUGUACAUAUAUGGUUUUUUUUUGUUUUACCCGAAGUAAUUCGAACGAAAUUUCGUGAUAAUGUGGCUGCUCAAUUUUGGUACAUAUUUAAAUGUAUUUAUUUUGGUUAUUCAUCAAUACAAAUACGGUUAGGAUAUUCAAAAUGUAUUGUAGGAAAUUUUCUUAUGAAAUGUUUUAAUUAUGUUAAUCAAGGUUUAUAUCAAAUUUAUUUAUGCAUAUUAUUUUUACGUGGAUUACAAACAAUGAUCGAUUGGAUGUUUAUAGAUGCAACCCUUGAUUUAAUGAGUUGUAUAAAAUUAGAAGAUAUUUAUUCUAAUGUCUAUUUAAUUAAAUGUGCAAGAUGGGCAAAAGAAAAAUAUUCAACUGAAAGUGGUGUACCAUGGUCAAAAGCAACAAAAUAUUGUAUUGAUGAUUCAUUAUUAAUCUUAUCAAUUUUAUUGAUAUUGUUUCCAUUAUGUAUUUUAUUUAUGUUUAUUUCAUUAUUUUAUCAACCAAAUCCACUAAUAGAACCAAUAUAUGAAAUGACAGCAACAGAUAUUGAUUUAGUUGAAUAUAUAGAUGCUGAUUAUAAUAAUUUAUGUACAUCAAUUUAUUCGUCAGAUAUAGAAGCAAGAAUUGGAAUAAUGAAUUUUUUAAAUAUUUAA